AACCCUUUGGUUGCUGUCUUCCCACAGAUUGUCCACAAUUCCCGAGUUCUGGACGAGGUGUACUUCCCUGAGAAUGAUUCAGAGUCACGGACGGGAGAACAUCGGUGGGGAUAUGGAGACCUGGCGGAUGAUGAAGACUUCAUGGGGGAUGAGGCCUCUGGAGACGACAACGGCAGCAGUGAAAUUGGCAGUGGAACUCCCACCGCAGACGGGCAUACGCCGGUAACGACGUCAACAGUCACUUCCUUCUCCACAGUUUAUUACAGAGCUCUAGUGAAUUUCACCAAGUCUAUAGACUACACGUCGGACCUGGACAAUGUCUCCUCCGACCAGUUUCGGGAUCUGUCAGAGGCUGUGGUCGACACGCUGGAGUCGGAAUAUUACAAAAUCUCUGGAGAACAAAUGGUUAAUGUUGUAUACGUCAAAUUGAUUGAUGGCGAUGUGUUUGUGGAGCUGGAUGUGGGAUCAGAAGGUAACACCAAUGAUGGACAAAUCCGCCAGGUGUUGUACUCCGUGAUUGAGAGCGGCUCCAUUGCCAACUACGUCACCUCCACCCGGGGAUUCCAAUUCCGAAACCUGGGAGCUGCACAAACACCCCCACCUCCUAUUGGGUUUGAGCCUCCAGUCACCCCUCCAGUGCGUACAUGUAUGGUGGAUGAGUUCACCUGCACCAGCGGAGAGUGCGUCCCCUUGGAGUUCAGAUGUGACCAGCGCCAUGAUUGCCGGGACAUGUCCGAUGAAGAAGGGUGCCCUGAACGUGUGCUCUGCGGUCACACGGACUUUACAUGUGGCAGCGGCGAGUGUAUUCCCAGAAUCUAUUACUGCGAUGGCCGAUUUGACUGCCGGGACUCGUCUGAUGAGAGUCAAUGUGAACCCGGAGCGUCAAUCGUGACCACCCCCUCUGUCAUCACUACAAGACCGAUAUACACCCCCCGCCCCGCCACCACCCCUCCCCCGCCCGUAUACACCAGGCCGCCGGUGGUUGCCACCACACCUUUCAGGCAUCCCAAGCCCCCCAUAGAUGAGCCGCGCCCAUGUCGGAGGGAAGAGGCGCGGUGCCCCAAUGGACAGUGUAUUCCCCGCGAUUAUCUGUGCGAUGGAGAACGUGACUGCAAAGAUGGCAGCGAUGAGCUGAACUGCGGUACCCCCUCCCCCUGCGAGCCCAAUGAGUUCAAGUGUAAGAACGGACGCUGUGCCCUGAAGCUGUGGCGAUGUGAUGGUGAUGAUGACUGCGGGGACAAUUCUGAUGAGAUAAACUGCCCCACUAAAGGGCCGAGUGACAUGUGUGCCCCCGAGCAGUUUGUCUGCGUCCAGUCCCGGAUCUGUAUCCCAGCAAGUUACCAGUGUGACGAGGAGGCCGACUGUCCCGACCGAUCCGAUGAAGUCGGCUGCAGUCCUCCCCAGGUGAUCACCCCUCCAGAGGAAAGUAUCGUUGCCUCCCGGGGGGACACGGUGCGUUUUACUUGUGUUGCCAUUGGUAUCCCGACUCCCAUCAUCACCUGGAGGCUGAACUGGGGCCACAUUCCCACCAGCAGCAGAGUGACGAUGAGCAGUGAGAACGGACACGGGACACUCAUCAUUCGGGAUGUGAAGGAGGCCGAUCAAGGCGCGUACACGUGUGAGGCCAUCAACGCCAAGGGCAUGGUGUUCGGUAUUCCUGAUGGUGUUCUGUCCCUGAAGCCAUCCAGAGGUCCUUGCACUGAGGGCUUCUUCCACGUGGAGACCACCUCUAGGUGCAUUCCCUGCUUUUGUUUUGGUGUCACCAAGGUGUGCCAACAGACGGGGCGCUACCGAAACCAGAUCAGACUUCGCUUUGACGCUCCCGAUGACUUUAAAGGUGUGAAUGUGACCUCUCCACAGGGCUUCCCUCCCCUCUCAUCUAAUCAGCUCCAGAUUGACACAACAGUUGAGGAGUUCCAGCUAGUUGAUCUUUCUCGAAGGUUCCUGAGUCAUGAUUCCUACUGGACGCUCCCAUUACAGUUCCUGGGAAACAAGGUGGACUCCUACGGAGGUGCCCUCAGCUAUAAAGUCCGCUAUGGUCUCACUCGAGGCCAGUCAGAACCAGUGAGAAGGCCAGACAUCAUUCUGAUUGGAAAUGGACAGAAACUGAUCUAUCGAGUUCAGUCAUUUACCCAGCCUACCGUUGUGAACCAGCGAGCGAUCCAAUUCACGGAGGAGAACUGGCAGCACGAAUCCGGAGCCGCCGUGACCCGGGAGGACCUGCUGAUGACCCUUCAGAAUGUGGAAGCCAUCAUGAUCCAAACUGUCUAUGACAACAAGAUGGCCAGUGUUGGCCUGGGAGACAUUGUCAUGGAUACGACCAGUGUGGAGUACACCCAGCUAGGAGUGGCAUUGGCCGUAGAAGAGUGCAGGUGCCCCGUGGGAUAUUCAGGCCUUUCCUGCGAAGUUUGUUCUCUACAGUUUGAGCGAGUUCCUGGAGGACCUUUCCUGGGGACCUGUUCCGGAUGUAACUGCAAUGGUCACGCCAGAUCCUGCGACUCUGAGAGCGGCUACUGCAUAAACUGUCAACACAACACGGAGGGGCCACAAUGCAAUAAAUGUAAGGCGGGCUUCUUCGGAGAUCCCACUAAGGGCACAGCCGAUGCCUGCCGACCCUGUCCUUGUCCUCUCAUGGACCCGACACGCAGGUACUCAGACACGUGUUUCCUGGACACCGAUGGUCAGCCAACGUGUGUGAUAACUGUGCUGAGGGCUACACCGGCCGGCGGUGUGAGAGGUGUGCCGUAGGAUAUGAUGGUGACCCAAUGAGACCUGGAGGGCGGUGCACAAAAUCCACUGCAGCCGAUACGGGGAUCUGUGAUGUUCGUGGCAGCGCCGUCUCCUCUCCCAACGCUUGUGUAUGUAAGCCGCAUGUCUCAGGGCAUUUGUGUAACGAAUGUAAAAGUGGAACUUUCUACCUCAGUGAGCGGAACCCAGACGGCUGCUUGAAGUGCUUCUGUAUGGGAGUGACCCGGCAAUGUUCGAGCUCCUACUGGAACCGAGACCAGGUCCGCGCUACAUAUGACAGCCAUGAAAGUGCGCCAUUCUCCAUCUCUAAUGCUGCCAGCACACGCACAAUCAGCGAGGGCAUCAGUGUGACAGGUCCAUCAGAGCUGACAUACAGCUCCUUCAACAACAUCCCUCAAGACGUCUACUUCUGGGUGCUGCCUGAGCGCUUCAAGGGGGACAAGGUCACAUCAUAUGGCGGAGAAUUGCGCUACACCAUCACCUAUGAGGCCUCCUAUGGGGCCCAGUCUCUGGAUACCCAGCCUCAUGUCGUUCUUCAGGGUAAUGGGAUCUUCCUGGAGCAUUACGCUGAUAUCAGAAGUUCUCCUGGAUUCCCCAUCACCAUCACCGUUCUCUUCCGAGAGCGUUUCUGGAGGAGGACGGAUGGUCAGGAAGCUACACGUGAGCACUUGUUAAUGGCGCUGGCAGAUAUCGACGUUCUGAUGAUCCGGGCGUCCUACGCCGAGAGGAUGGUGGAAAGUCGGAUCUCCAACAUCUACAUGGACAUUGCCCUUCCACAUGGUACAGGCCUGGACAAGGCGUUCGAGGUGGAGGACUGUUCCUGCCCCAUCGGCUACACAGGACCAUCGUGUCAGGACUGUGACAUUGGCUACACACGGUCUACCAGCGGUCUAUAUCUGGGCACAUGUGAGCGCUGCCAGUGUGGUGGCCAUUCUACGGAGUGUGACGGGGAGACAGGAGAAUGUCUGAACUGCCAACACAACACCGAGGGGCCCAAGUGUGACCGCUGUAGACCGGGCUUCUAUGGAGACCCAAGACGAGGAAGUCCUGGAGAUUGCCAGCCUUGUCCAUGUCGGGGCACCACCAGCCAGUACUAUGGAACAUGCUUCUUGGACUCAGAUGGUCAACCAACUUGCGAUUCCUGUCCCUCUGGUUACAUCGGACGUCAAUGUGAAAGGUGUGCGCCCGGUUACGUAGGAGAUCCAUCUCGAGGACAACCUUGCACAGGUCCCGGCCCCGGUCCCGGCCCUGGCCCUGGCCCCGCCCCAGCUGCCAGUGUGAUCUGCGGGGCAGCAUCAGUAAUACAUGUGACGCCCGCCGCCAGUGCCCAUGUAAGGCUCAUGUAGAUGGUCUUUCAUGCAGCACCUGUCGCCCCAACCACUUCUACCUCAACGUGGACAACCCAGACGGCUGCCUACCCGCUUCUGUAUGGGGGUCACCCAGCAAUGUACCAGCUCCAGCUACCACCGAGAAACUGAUCACUAGUCCAUUCCUACCUGGAAACUUCCAGAACUUUGCUCUGGUGAACCGUCAGCGCAGUAACCGCAUCACAACCGGAUUCACGGUGGAGAUGUCCAUUCAUGGGCCACAACUCUCCUAUCGUCAGUUCGACCAACUGGGCCAGGAGUCCUUCUAUUGGCAGCUACCAGAGAACUACCAGGGGAUAAGGUGGCGUCGUACGGUGGCACGCUGCGCUACACGCUCAGUUACACGGCCGGAGUCCGUGGCUCCCCGCUGCCUGAUGCAGAUAUUCAGAUCACGGGUAAUGACAUCACACUGGUUGCCUACCAGACUGAGCUACGUUCACGCGAGAUCAAGACCUUUGAGAUUGCCUUCCGAGAGAGUCAAUGGAAACGUCCAGAUGGGCAGCAGGCUACCCGCGAACAUCUGAUGAUGGCUCUGGCUGACCUCGAUGAAAUUCUUAUCCGAGCCUCGUAUUCCACAGACAUGUUAUCCGCCGGUAUCACUGGUGUGAGCAUGGAGACUGCUGGACCGUCUUACACCAGCCUGCCGCAGGCUUUGGAGGUGGAGGAAUGCCGCUGUCCUCCUGGAUACAAAGGCUUGUCCUGCCAGGACUGCGCACUUGGAUACACACGUACCGGAGGAGGUCUGUACCUCGGACACUGUGAGCCCUGUGACUGCAAUGGUCACUCCGAGACCUGUCACCCGGAGACCGGCACUUGUACGAACUGUCUACACAACACGGCGGGAGAGUUCUGCGACAAGUGCGCGCCCGGCUUCUAUGGCGAUGCCACGGCCGGAACUCCUGAGGACUGCCAGCCUUGUGCGUGCCCGCUGACCAACCCCGAGAACCAGUUUUCUAAGACCUGUGAAACGCUGGGUAUGGGUGGGUACCGUUGCACAGCCUGCCCUCCAGGCUACAGCGGACAGUACUGCGAGAGAUGUGCUCCUGGCUACACGGGAAGCCCUAAUAUCCGAGGACAGAAAUGUCUCCCUGAUGAUCAAAGAUCUUCCUUCAUUGUCAGAAUUUAUCCCGACAAAAGGACAGCUGCGGCGGGUGAGAAGGUGACCCUACACUGUCAGGGCAGUGGAGAUCCUCCUCACUACUACUUCUGGUCACGUGAAGAUGGGCGACCCUCUCCCCAGCAACUCCCAACUAAUAGACAGAGGAGAAAGUUUAUAUUUUCCCAACGUUCAGCCUUCUGAUUCCGGCAUCUACAUCUGUACUUGUCGCAACUACCAAUUCGCCAACACCAGCCGGGCGGAGAUCACCGUACAA